AGGAUCUUUUUCCCGAUAAUGUUAAUAUUUUUAAGUCUAAGCUAUGAUCAAUUCUGCUGUAAUUUUUCUAUAUUUUUAAAUUUUUUUGUAAUUUUUAUAAUUUUUUAUAUUCAUGUGUACAUAUAUUACAGAUUAUAUGUUUAAUUUUUUUUUAUACUAGAUAUUAUUAUCAUAAUUGUAGAUUUAAUGCACGUUCGUAUUUUGAACGAGUACUUGUGCUCUUAGACGAUAACGUGGUUAAAUAAAUUAUUAUUACUGUUAUUGUUGUUGUUAUUGGUAGCAGUCAUCCUCAAUGUUUUUGUUUCACCAUUUCAGCUACGACAAACUCUUGUUCCAAUGCUUAAAGGCCAGACGCACCUGAUUGAAGAACUUUACUCAUUUUUUGAAGACACAAAGCCCCCUGUGUGGUGAGAUAACAUAAUUAAAAUUAACAAAUAAAUGCAGCAAGAAUAAUUAAAUAUAUAAAUAAAUAAAUAAACAGUACGAUCCACUCAUAUCCAUUUGGUACGGAAAAUAAUCAAUUCUUCAUAAAACGACUUUAUCGUGUUCUGUUUGUUUUUCAAGUUCUGAUGAUGAUUUCGAGGAAUUUGAGUUUGGAAGUGGCAGCGAACCAGAGGUAUGGUAUUAAACAUGUUCUGUUAAACUUCUCCCAGAUACGCAAUGUUGAGGAAUAAGGUUUCAAAAGGUUUAAAAACAGGACACUUUAUAGCGCCAUUGUUCUCUUUUUUAAACGUAAAGCAUUAGAUUUAAACACGUAUUCAGCAAAAAUAUAUUCUUAACUUAACAAAUUCUGCGUGUUGGGUUAUUUUGCCUGUGGCCGUAAUUAACCUUUAAAGAAUUUCGGUCAAGGAGGGAGGGUUUUAAAGCCACUUAAUAUAUUCAUCAAAACAAACAAACACACAAACAAAAAUAAGAGAUAGAACUUUAAGUCGUAGUUUAAGGUUAGUCUAACUUCUUGUGAUGAUUUUUGAAGGUGGACGAUUUUGAAGAAGUGGAAAUACCAUGUCUGGUGGAGCCGAAGAAAAUGAAAGGUCGCCCUCCUAAAGAAACUCAGAAAAACAAGACAAGGAAAAACAAAAAACCUUCUGGGAUAGCUAAAGGUUCAAAACAACAGGGAAAUGCAAGCAAACCGGCAGGAAAUAAAACUAAAACAAAAACUAACCUCACUAAGGGAGGCAAGCAAUAUACUCUCCUUGGGGGAUCCGUCGGAGAAAAUGAGGGGGGAAAUCUGAAACACCCCCCUAGUAUUCCAACAAAUGGAGAAGUUACAGGGGGGAAAAGUGGAUUGGACGAUCAAAGAAAUGAGGUUCACCCUCAAGAAGGACCUUUGUCAUCAGCAGCAACCUCGCUGCAAUCAGAAACUAGUAAUGACAGUUAUCACGGAGAGGAACUAAACCCGGCAUCUGGGGACACUUUAAGCCCUGAACAUGAAGAACGCGAGGUGAGGAACUACGAAAGCGAGGAACAAGAGUAUGAUGGGAAUUCCGACGUGGAGCAUGAUGGGUAUGAAGAGGAUGAAGAUGACGAUUUUCUGGAUGGUGAACAUGCUGUUUAUAAUAAUGACUUUACAAGUGGUGACGUAGUUGGUGACGUCAGAAGUGAUGCUGCCGCAAGUGAUUGUGGUAGUGGCGACGUUGAUAUGGCCUCUUCGGGUGUUGUGCCAGCUAAAAACCUUCAACGAAGUGAAGACGGACAGGUGGUUCUACUAUGGACCAGGUAAGCCUAUUUAAGAGAGGCCGGUGUACUCGAAAGAGCGCCCCCUGCUGCACCUAGGAGCUAGGAUAAUAAUCUGUUUCGGUAUUUAAUAAUGUUGGAUUAGCCCUUCUGGUGUGAAACGUUUGGGCCCGUCCACAUUAAUUACAAACAACCCAGCAGUACCGGGGCAAAUCUUCUCAAACGUUUACGUGUGUACCUUAGAAGUGUAAUUUAUUACAUUUGUACAAGAUUGUUGGAGUUGGUGAGAUAAACCUCUAGACCCGAAAGUGGGUGGGUGGUAGGCAGGGUAAACUAAAAUUACAUUACAAGAUGUCUUGAACUUUUGCUUCAAUCGCUUAUUGAAACUAAAUGAAUGGCCUUUGCCGCGUUUUAGGCGGUAUAUAUAGCCCUACGUUAACUACAAACUAGAAUAUGAUAUGGCCAACUGAUAACUAUAAUCCUACGCGCGUCAAAUCAAACAUUUUAAACGAAGCUCAAAAUCAAUCAGUGAUGCACCACUCUGGGUUGUUUACAUUUAAAUAGGACACUGAGCUUGUCCCAGGCUAGAUUGAAUUCUUUUCCUAUCUCAUUAUUAUGUCGAGGGAAAUAAUAAUAAAUUUGAUUUUACUUUAAUGGCUAAGAAUGUUAUUAUUCUUUUUUGUUAUUAAGGGAGGACGACCGGACGAUUUUACAAACUUGUCAACAGAUGGGUGCUAAGUCAGAAACGUUCCAACACAUAGCAGACAGUGUGAAAAAUAAAACUGCAGCCGAGGUAAGCGCAUUAAGACGGCAUAUCACAGCUGUCAUAAUGGUCUAAUCCGCUGACCUGUAUUGUAUGGCCGUUUUGUGGACUCAGGAACCACACUCAUCAUGGCACGUAUUUCUUUAGUAAUCCACUGGCCUGUUAGUAAUUUUUCAUUCAAAGAAGACUCUUGGUAUUUAUCAGGUGCUCCGCUUUUAGGCUGACUGAAUCCAUACAUUAGUUUACCACUUAAGAAAAAUGUAAAUGACUAAAAUGCCAUGAAAUCAUCUCUGAUUCUCAUUUCGCCCUUGUCUGCUUUUUCGAUUUGUCAACGUUCACUCAGUGGUUUUGCCGUGUUUUUUUGUACUCCUUUCCGGUACUUUUUUUUUCUUUCAGCUCUUAGGGGCCUUCUUUUGUUGAAUCAAUUAUAUCUUUUAUAUUUUUUCUUUCAGGUCCAAAAACGUUUCAUGGAUCUACUGAACCUUUUUAAGGCUAGUAGUGGCGAUCGAACAAGGGAAUCCACAAACGAAGAUUCUUGCAGUGAGGAUGAAGCCGAAGACGAAGAAGACAGUGAAACAAUUGGCGAAUCAGACGGUGAACAGGCCCACGACGCCUAGCCCAACUUCGAUGAUGUAGACAUCAUUGUUAAUCUGCUUCAGCUGGUAUCCAUCAGUGAACAAACUAAAAAAGACUACAACUGUUGAUAUUGAGCGAAAUCAAGAUAACAAAGGAUAA